AAUAAUUGUGGCUUUUAAUUUUAACCUUUUUAUGGUCUUCUUGCUGAAAAGCCAGAAUGAGGGCCAGAGGACAUAGAAAUGACUCAACUGGUGGUAGAGCUCGAGGCUGAACUGCAAAAACUUAGUGAAAAUUUUGUGCAGACUGAGGUUUCAGCUGAAAGGUUGAAUGAAGCAGGGGAACAGAGUAGUGACACUUACCCGUUCGAUGGGGUGUUGCCAUCUGAACUGAAUCGGAAGCUUUGCCAUUUGCUCAUUGAACAGCAGGGUAGCCAACUUAUGGAGCUGGAAUCUGAAUUGCAUUUGGCUCAAUCCAAAUUCAAUGAGAAGGAAGCUGAACGCCAAGCACUAAAGAGGAUUGUGUUAGUUGCCUUACUUCACUAACAAUUUCAGAUGUUGAAGCCUAGGUACAGAAGGAGAAAGAGUGUACAAACGAAUGGGAUCAGCAAACUGAACUUAGAUCAGAGAAAAGGAACCAUCGGUUGGGAUGAAAAGACCUAGUGAUGAAGCCUUGAACCUGACUGGUUUAAACCUAUUGAUGUAAAGUAGACUUUUACAUGUAUGUAGGUAAUUUCUUGACAAUCAUUGAAUGCUGUCACAUACAAUCAAGAAGGGACAGACUACUUUAAUCUCAUAUCUAACUGCUAUAUAGCAUGUAUCAUAUCACCUUGAUAUGGUCGACCUCAUCAUAAUACUAUAAUAUCAGUCUAUCUGAGAUUCAGAAAUUAUGAACCGCUGAUUGCAUAAAGCUAUUCUAAUUGU